CUGCGCACAUUACCCCUUUCCCGAAAGACCGAUUGGGUCUCUGCUCUCCCUCAGGUGCUUUUCUGUUAUAAUACCACCCCUCAUCAAGCGACUGGUGAGUCACCAUAUUUCCUGAUGUUUGGCCAAGAGCCAAGGCUCCCCAUUGAUUUUCUUUUGGGUAGAAGCCAAGAGAUGAGGUCGGGUACCGUGAAUGAGUGGGUGUUGGAGCACCAAACCAGGUUGCUGGUGGCUUUCGAGGGGGCCCAGGAGCAUUUAAAGGUAGCGGCGGAUCGUCGUAGGAAGCAACACGACCUGCACGUCCGAGAUGCACCAUUGGGGGAGGGCCAAUUGGUUUACCUUCGGGAUUAUGGCGCGAGAGGGCGCCAUAAGAUCCAGGACCUGUGGAGCCCAGUGGUGUAUCAGGUGGUGGGAGCACCGCAGGCAGGUGGGUCUGUGUAUACCAUUGCACCAGUGGAUGACUUAGAUAGGGUAAAACGUGUCCACCGCUCUUUGUUGAAGCUCCGUAUACGCAGGGAUUCUCCGGUUGAAGUCCCUGCAGGUGUUCCUCUGGUGAUCGAGUCAGUACCAUCAGAGGAAUCACCAUCUGAUGAGGUCGAUCUGUGGGUCUUGGUACCUGAAACUCCACAGGCUGUCGGCGGGUUGGCACCAAGGGAUCCAGUGUCAUUAGCGGGCCAAGCUCCUCGAUGGUUAACCGAGAAUAUUGACCCUACAGCUUUGGCAGCCCCUGGACAGCCUGGUGUGGCUCCUCUGGAUCCAGAGUUGGUGAUGGAACCCUUAACUGUAGCUCAACCUGGGAAUAGUGAGAUUGCCUUAAGACGGACGGGGCGAGCUAAUGCUGGUCAUCAUUCUAAUCGACACCACCUCCCUCGGGCAGCGGAAGUGGUGAGGGGUGGUGCCUCUAUGGUUUCCUCUGUGUCGAAUUCUGUCUCUGCCCUCUUUAGGCCCUGGCACUAGGUCAUCCCUUGGGAUGAAUGGCCAGUUGGUCCAUCGUCGGGGCGACGUUGCAAGAGCUAGGGGUAGAUUGUGGCAGGGCGGAUUAGAUCCCGCCUGAUUAAUUGUGGAGAAUGAUGGGUGUGUCAGCCUAUCAGCAGCCAUCCCUGGCAUAUUUAAGGAGGAGUUCAGGCCACCUGGGUAUGUGUCAUCGUCACUUUUGUUUGGGUGCGCGCGCAUCUUUGCUGGAGGUAUGUACCUAGUUGUUUGGCUAAUGUUGCUGCUAAUCUAUAUGCACCAUUAAGGUGGAAAUGUAUAUGUUUUAGCCAGACUAGGGUCCGGAUUUGUGACGUCGCUGUUGGUUACAGGCUGUCCUCCUCACAGGUAUGUUAUUGCUAACGGAUUAUUGUUAGUUUGGGGUUUAAUCUCCGGUAACCUAUGUUUCUAUCGUAGUACAGCUUGUGUGUUUGGUCAGAUGAAACACCGGUGCAAUUGCGGCUUGCCUAUUAUAAACGAGGCUGUGAGUAACCGAGUCUGCUGUGGGUCUAGCGAUCUACCUUUGGAAAGUGCGUCGUGCAGUAUGUGAGCGGUUCAUCCCGGUGGACUGCGGGGCAAAAUGCUCCAUCGACAACGUCGUUAAGACUGCACUGCUUUGUUCUGCUGCCACUACCCCUAUCGUUUAUUAUUUUGAUGUAGUACUUGUUUUUUUCUUCUAGUUUAUUUUGUUUUGGAAACUUGAUUUAAGCCAUUGCUGGUGGUUUAA